CAAUUCACACAUCAGCUCCUGCUAUUCAUUUCCGGUUUGUUUGCGGAAACCGCAAGAGUAGCUACUUCCGACUUUAGCCGCCUCCUGAUACUGAGAAAUGACAGCUACUUUGCGUCCAUAUCUCAAUGCUGUGCGUGCCACGCUGCAGGCUGCACUCUGCCUGGAGAAUUUCUCCUCACAAGUGGUGGAAAGGCACAACAAGCCAGAGGUGGAAGUCAGGAGCAGUAAAGAGUUGCUCCUCCAACCUGUAAUCAUCAGUCGUAAUGAGAAGGAAAAGGUUCUGAUUGAGGGCUCCAUCAACUCCGUCAGAGUCAGCAUCGCUGUCAAGCAGGCAGACGAAAUUGAGAAGAUCCUUUGCCAUAAGUUCAUGCGUUUCAUGAUGAUGAGAGCGGAGAACUUCUUCAUCCUGAGGAGGAAACCAGUAGAGGGCUACGACAUCAGUUUUCUCAUCACCAACUUCCACACAGAGCAGAUGUACAAGCAUAAACUGGUGGAUUUUGUCAUUCAUUUUAUGGAAGAAAUUGACAAGGAGAUCAGUGAAAUGAAGCUCUCUGUCAAUGCCAGAGCUCGUAUAGUCGCUGAGGAAUUCCUCAAAAAUUUCUGAUAAAAAGAAAACCCAGGAAUCUUGCAAUCUUGGCCGUCACUGUGGAGCAUUCACAUCACAGGGCAGAUCAUAUGCCCAUACGCGAACAUGCCAAGAGAAGAAACAUAAGAUGUGCAGUAAGACUGUGCAGGCCAGUGGGGUGCUACCCUUCACCCUGAAAAUGUCCCUGUGCUCAAAAUAUUGACGUUUGUACAUAAUAUUUACAUCACAUUAAUAUCUGCCUUUGAAAAUUUAGAGGGGCAGGUCCUUGAGAUAUUUAUCAAUAUUAAUGAGCACAGGUAUUUAUUUUCAGAUUUAAAUGUUUUUAAAUAUAUAUAGAUAUAUAUUAUGCAUAUUAAUUUUAAUUUUGCUAUGUUUUAUUACAGAAAUAUUGAACUCUGAAGGCAAUCAGUUUGUUUCUUGCUUUAAUUCACAAGUUCACAAAUGAAACAAAUACUCCCUUGGCAAUGACAAAAAUAAAAAAUGUUGUAUACUUUGUA